AUGGUUGAGGCUGGUGUUAGAGGCGCGAACCAGGAAGCAAAGAUUCCCAUGUUCUCCUCAGUCACGGGGCAAUUCAUUGAUCCCAUCGAGGUUGGCAAGUCGUAUUGGAUCAGAAACAUGUGCGGCACAGUACGAUUUUCGGAAGCCGUCUCCAGUCUUCUCGUCGGGUCGUCAGGGCGCCGUGCUGGACGCAAAGCAACCGUAAAGUGGGAUGCACUCCUUGAAGUUGGGCCUCACGCUGCUUUAAAGGCCCCGUUGGUCCAGAUAAUGGAAAGCAUCGACGCAAAGCUGCCUUCAGAGCUUCUUUAUACUUGUUUGCUGGUUCGAAAAGAAGAUGCUGUCACGACUGCUCUCAAGGCAGUGGGAAGCCUGUGGGCCACUGGCAUUCCAAUUUUGCUUGCAAAGGUCAAUCGGGAACAAGACUUGGUGGAAUCUCCUCAAGUUGUGGUUGAUCUGCCAUGUUAUGCUUGGAAUCAUGAAAGAGUGUACUGGCACGAGACACCAGCAACCAAGGAACAGCGACUGCGGCAAAAGACUCGCACUGAUCUCUUGGGUAUUGCCGUAGAGAACCAUUGCCCCAAGGACCAGGCAAACUAUUCUCCGGCUUCUCUCAAAGGGUCAAGCGCCGCGAUAAGCAACUCUCGGCCGACUUGA